AUUUUCUCCUAGUCUUACUCUUCUUUACCUGCUCUCAUUUUCUUUCUAUUCCUGCCUAAUUAUAAUUCCCACCUGGCCUAGCAUAUAACUUCUCUUGCUAUGAUUCCUUUAUCUUAUUCACAACCAUACCAAACUAAAUAUAUGUAAUAGUUUUCUCUUUCCCUUCAACCACCCAAAACUAAGAAAACUAUAUGUAUGUAACAUAAAUAAAAAGAAAAGGAAAGAAAAAACAAAUUGCUGCUUAGCUAGUAGCUUUCAAGAAUGAAAUUAAAAUGUCAAUUGCUUUGCUAGCUUUCUUCUCCUUCUUGGGAAGCUUGCAAUUUUAAACAGAUAAAGCAGCACUUAUAUUCUUGAAAAAUAACCCAUCCAUCUUCUUUUCAUGCAAAAGGUUAAAUUAUAUCCUUUCAAACAGUAUUUUGUUUCUUUUUGAAAGAAAAGAAAACACACAUUUUUAUUUCCAAUGAAAACUUGAUGGUGGAAUAGUAUAAGGAGAUCAUCAAUGGAGGCUCAUGAAAAACAGCAAUCCUUUGUGAUCACAACUCUGCCAUGCUCAUUCUCAUCCUCCUCCUCAUCUUCUUCUUCUUCUUCUUUCACUGCUAGUAUAGUUCCGCUUUCUUUCUCUCCGGAUCAGAAAAGCCAACACCAAAGUGAGGGGCAACAAGCUGAAGACCAGCGGCCUUAUCUACAAGAAAAUGGGGAGGCAUCCAUGGAAUUUCUGAGAUUCAUUAGCAUCCCUGGCCAUGGUGGUGGUGCUGUAAAGUGGAAGGACAUAGAAAAGAGGUUCAACCGGCUUGCCUUAAUCAGGAACAGCCAUGAACCAGUCGUGAAAUGGUCAGAUUUUGGUUUUUGUAUAGGAAUGCAAGAAUCUCAGGAGUUUGCUAUUGAGCUAUUAAGGGCUCUGAGAGGAUCAAGAAGGAAUUUGAAAAUUGAUUUAUCAAAAGCUGAACUUCAUAGAUACUGGUGUCAAAUGACUGACCCUUGCUUCCAUUCAAGGAUAAGGAUUUUCUUUGACAUGUGUGAUAGAAACAUGGAUGGGAAAAUUACAGAGAUGGAUAUUAAGCAGUCUAUUCUUCUAAGUGCUUCUACAAAUAAGUUGUCUCUGUCCCACGAGGAAGCAGAAGAUUAUGCUGCUUUAGUCAUGGAAGAGGUUGACAAGGAAAACCGAGGCUACAUUCAGUUAUCUCAGUUUGAGACUUUCUUCAAAGUAAGCUUAUCAAAGGGCUAUUUUUCAACUAAACAAUCAUCAACCGCACAUUAUUCAUAUCCUAGUGAGGAUCCAUUUGAUCAAGAAGAAGCAUCAAGGGCUGAAAUUCUAUUCCGGGCAUAUUGGAGACGUGCAUGGAUAGUGUUGCUUUGGUUGAUCAUUUGUGUUUCACUCUUCACUUGGAAAUUCAUUCAAUAUCGCCAUAGAAUAGCUUUUCAAGUAAUGGGAUAUUGUCUCUCCACUGCCAAGGGUGCUGCAGAGACUCUGAAACUCAACAUGGCUCUGAUUCUUCUCCCUGUUUGUCGUAACACAAUUACAUGGCUUCGUGUCCACUCUCAGAUCAACUCAGUUGUUCCAUUCAAUGACAACAUCAACUUCCACAAGCUGAUUGCAGGAGGGAUAGUGGUGGGAGUGAUCCUACAUGGUGGAACUCAUCUUGCUUGUGAUUUCCCAAGAAUUAGUAGUUCUGACCACUUGAUUUUCAGUCAGACAAUAGCAUCCCGAUUUGGGUACCAUCAACCAUCAUACAUUCAAAUAUUAGCCACUACAGAGGUGGCAACAGGCAUUGUCAUGGUAAUACUAAUGACUAUUGCAUUUUCACUAGCAACAAAGUGGCCACGCCGCCGUUCACCUUCACUCCCUAGUUCAGUCCAGCGUGUCACUGGGUAUAAUACCUUUUGGUACUCCCACCACUUGUUCAUUCUUGUGUAUGCUUUGCUCGUUAUCCAUUCUAUGUUCCUCUUCCUAACAGACAACACAAUGGAGAAAACAACAUGGAUGUAUAUUGCCAUUCCUGUGCUAACAUAUAUGGGAGAGAGAAUCCUUCGUGCGGUAAGAUCAGGGUGCUUUGAGGUGGAAAUUCUGAAGGCAAGUUUUUAUCCAGGAAAGGUUUUGUCCCUAAAGUUUCAGAAACCAGAAACUUUUAGUUAUCGGAGUGGCAUGUACAUAUUCAUUCAAUGCCCUCAAAUUUCACCACUUGAAUGGCACCCAUUUUCCUUAACUUCAGGACCAGAAGAUGACUUCCUAAGAGUGCACAUAAGAACUCUUGGAGACUGGAGCUAUCAAAUGUACAGUCUUUACCAAGAGGCGACAUCAUCUGCAGUAAAGCAGUAUCCUAAAAUAUACAUAGAUGGACCUUAUGGAGCUGCCUCCCAAGACCAUAUCAAGUAUGAUAUAGUUCUUCUAAUUGGCAUGGGAAUAGGAGCUACACCUUUCAUUAGCAUCCUCAAAGACAUUGUUAAUGGUGUCCAAAAUGCUCGCUGCAGCAAUAGUAGUUGCAGAGAUUGCAGCAUUAGAAAAUGUCCAUUAAAAGCUUACCUUUACUGGGUUACAAGAGAACAAAACUCCUUUGAUUGGUUUAGAGAUGAAAUGAAGGAAAUAUCAAACUCAGACCAAAAGCAGUCUCCUAUAGAGGUUCAGAAUUUCCUCACCAGUGUAUAUCAGGAAGGUGAUGCACGAUCGGCUUUUAUCAGUGCUAUUCAAGCCUUGUAUCAUGCCAAACAUGGCAUUGAUAUUGUCUCUCGCACACCUGUACGCACACAUUUUGCCAGACCAAAUUGGUUCAGCAUCUUCUCAAAAUUGGCUUGUAGACAUAGAGGAGCAAAAAUUGGGGUAUUCUACUGUGGUCCACCAGCAUUAGCAAAACAGUUGGAGAGAUUAUGUAUCAAAUUCUCUACCAAAACCUCUACCAGAUUUGCAUUUCACAAGGAAUAUUACUAGAUUUUUCUCCAAGUGUUUAUGUUACCAAUUCCAUGAUUGGUUUUUGGAGGUGCCUAACACACAAAGGUUAAAAUUAAUUGUAUAUAAAUAAUAUAAUAAGGUUUAGCGC